AGGGCAGCUCCCAGAAUACAAUCUGAAACUCUGAGAUCUCUCACUCUGCUGCAGGAUUACUACUCAAUAACUACAGUUAAACUAAGCGUUGACUGUGAAGCUGCUUCCACCUCCUGCGAAUUCUGCUCAUUCUACAAGAGGAACUAAAGCAUCUUCGGAAACUAAUUCACCUCCAGCAGAAAGUACUCAUUCUAUCAUUCACAGGAUUACAACAAUCCACCAAAAACUUCUCUGAAAGCUGCUCUGCUGAGGUCCAAGCAAAUCCACAACCCAACCAGAGACACAAGAACCUGGCACCUCAAGCUGGAACAGAACUAGAAGCCAGAAUCAGGCCAAACCAGUACCGAACCCGUAAUCCAGCCAGACUCUGUAGAGUGGAUCAGACCAGGCCAGGACAGACCAGAAGAGACCAGUAGAAAUCAGUAAAGGCCAUUGGAAAAGUUUGAUGGGACUGCUGACGAUAGCCACAUGCCUCUGAGUCCGGCUGCUGACACCAAACAUGAUCGCCCGCGGCAACAGGCGGUUACUAACGGCAACCCGACAGGCUCUGCUGUUGCCAGGGACGACGACGCGGAUGACACGCCCCCUGGAAACAGCAUUGUCGUCCGCAUUGGCAUCCCGGACCUGCAGCAGACGAAGUGUUUGCGGUUGGACCCAGAGUUACCAGUUUGGACCAGUAAGCAGAGGGUUCUGGUGACGUUGACUCAGUCUCUGUCGGAUGUUUUGAACUAUGGUCUCUUCCAGCCGGCGUUCAACGGCCGAGCCGGAAAGUUUCUGGACGAGGAGCGGCUGCUGAAGGAGUAUCCUCUCCCUCCCAUCACGCCCAUCCCAUACCUGGAGUUUCGUUACAAGAGGAGAAUUUACACGCAGAGCUACGUGGACGAUAAACAGCUGGCCAAGCUCCACACCAAGGCCAACCUGAAGCGCUUCAUGGAACAUGUUCAUCAGAAGAAUGUGGAGAAGGUUUCCAAAUGGUUGGAAAAGGGCCUGGACCCCAACUUCCAUGACUCUGACAGCGGGGAGUGUCCUCUGACUCUGGCGGUCCAGCUGGAGGAGAGCUGUGAGUUGAUUAAAGUCCUUCGCAGUGGAGGCGCUCACCUGGACUUCAGGACCAGAGACGGUAUCACCGCUCUGCAUCGGGCCGUCCUCUGCAGGAACAGCGCUUCUCUCACUACUCUGCUGGACCUCGGAGCGUCUCCGGACUACAAGGACAGCCGAGGUCUGACUCCUCUCUAUCACUCUGCCAUGGUGGGCGGCGCCCCCUACUGCUGUGAACUACUGCUGCAGGACCACGCCACCAUCGGGAUGACUGAUGAAAACGGGUGGCAGGAAAUCCACCAGGCAUGUCGCUAUGGUAACGUGCAGCACUUGGAGCACCUGCUGUUCUACGGCGCCGAUAUGAGUUCCCAAAAUGCAUCAGGAAACACUGCACUGCACCUCUGUGCUCUUUACAACCAGAGAAACUGGAUGAGAUGCUGGCGGGGGGUCAACAGGAAGUUGUCCUCAGGGCCCGCCCAUCAGACGACUUUAGAGCGGCGACGGUGAAACAGAGACCGACCAGCCGGCGCAUCACGCAGGCUGAGAUUAAUUCGUUGUUUGAGCGUCAGGGUCUGGUGCCCCCUACAGCUCCAGAGAAGAGCACCAUGGCUUUACCCCGAGGAAUGUCCAGAACCAAGAGUUUUGGCACACCUGAUGAUGACAGGAUCACGGCUCUGAUCAACGAAAGUCGGUUUCCGCGGAGCUCCUCACUGACGGACAGCUUCAUCCCUCCCCCUCCUCAGACAGCUCCACCCCCUCCUCCCUCAGCCUCCUCCACCUCCUCGGUCUUCCUCCUAGACUCUGGCCCUCCCCCGUCCUUCCUCCCGCCGCCUCCCCCGGCCAGAGGGGAGGGGCUAACCCGGUCCAGCUUCAAGCCAGGGGCGGAGCCGAGGCUCCAGGAGCUCUCUGAUUCGCCAACGAGGAGCCACGCCCACGCUGAGCGGCAGAGGAAAGCGAGGUCGAUGAUCAUCCUGCAGGACACGCCACCGCCGCUGCAGCCUGACGCACACCCCGCCGCCACACACGCACUGCACACUGCCACGCACACCGCCACACACACGCUUCACACCGCCACACACACCUCCACGCUGUCUCUCCACAGCACCAGCCCCGCCCUCGGUCACUCACCGCUGUCACGCCGCCGGGGACGACCAAUAGAAAACCCAUAUGCUAACGUGGGACAGCAGGCUCCGCCCUCCAAGCCACAGAGGAGGAAGUCACCUUUAUUGAAACAACUUCCUGUAGAGGAGCAGGGACUCGGAAUGAAAGAUCAUGAUUCGUCUAAAUUAGACGUACCCAGCAGCCCCAGUAGGGCGGAGCUGUACCAGCAGCAGGUUCUUUCAGAGCGCGCUCGGGUUCAGGGCCGAAGGUCGUCUCUUUUCCUGUCUGUGGAGGGAUCCGGGACUGAAAACCAGGUCCCGCCCCUCCUGACUCAGAGCCAUUCAAUGGAUGACCUCGGCGAGCUUCCGCCUCCAGCUCCGGUCCUGUCGCCCUCACCAACACCUCACACCUUCCUCCACCCACUGACGGGGAAACCUCUGGACCCCUCGUCCCCACUCGCCCUGGCACUCGCUGCACGAGAGAGAGCGCUCACUGCUCGCACACCGAGCCCAGAGCCUCGACUAAAACACGCAUCUGCCUCCACCACACCUAUCCCCACCCCAGCUGCCAGCCCAGAGGGAAGACACAAGCGCACCCCUAUGGCCACCCCACAGAGCAGCCCCGAGCCAAGAUCCAAACGCACCACCCCUCAAACAAGCCCCGAGCAACGAACCAAGCGCACCACUCCCCAGACCAGUCCUGAGCUGAGGCAUAAACGCAUAACCCCUCCCUUGUUCCCUGAUGGACAGGUGGAGCGUCCAGAAACAGAGGGAGGAGUGACAUCACCUGCCGGCCCCUCCCCUGAGCGCUGGAGACCCACCCCCUUGCCACAACUGGCCAAUGAGAGUCACUCUGCUCUGAUUGACAGGCGUAGAAGCCUCACAGUGGGCAGCUCAGAGGAGGAGGGCGGGGCUUACACAGUUACACUUCCACCAGCCUUGUUGUCAUCCAGCGAUGAGGAGACUAGAGAGGAGCUCCGGAGAAUUGGCCUGGUAACUCCACCCCCUGCCUUCGUCACUACACCCGCACCUCCUCCCCCAUCCUCCCUCACCUUGUUGCCACGGCGAGUUGGGGAGGGAGGGGGAGGAGAGAGUGCUCCUGACUCCCUGGUUAGACGAGAUGAGGAGGAAGGAGGUGACGAACGGCUCCAUGACAGCUCCUCGUCCCCCAGCUCGCUCCCUCCUUCCAUCACCUUGGCCUCCCCUCCUGCUCCAGCCUCCCCCUCCUCCCCUCCUGCUGCUCACCCUUCCCCUUCCUCCCCCUCCACCUCCCCAAUUGCUCUAAAGCCACGCCUUCGCUCACCUAUUGGGCGGGGCCGCUCUGCGCUCCGGGACCCGCUGCUGAAGCAAUCAUCAGACAGUGAGCUCCUCCCGUCUGCUGCAUCGUCCUCCUCCCCCUCUUCCCCACUCUGCUCCUCCCCCACCGGUGGCGGUGGCCGACAGCCACGCUAUCUUUUCCAAAGGAGGUCCAAGCUGUGGGGGGGUGGGGACGACCGUGGGGACGAGCGGCGGGGCCUUAGCCCGGAGGAAGGGGGAGGCCGUCCAGCAGCGUUGGGAGGUCAGGGAUCUGGGUCGGCUGUGGAUCUGACCAGCCGGUCGGCAUCAGCGCUGGAGCUGAGCGGCCGAGCUGGGUCCGGACUGGAUCUCGCUAAUCGGCUACAGCUGCUUAACAAAGACAGUCACUCUCUGGGGGAGGAGCCGAGUCCGCUGGAUCCAGGCCGGAGAUCACCAGUAGGAGGCGCCAGAUGUGUGGACAAUGGAGAGAGUAAAUCGUUGUUCUCUAGUCUUGGUGAACUCCACACUAUCUCCCAGCGAGGAUUUGGCGCCAGCUAUACAGUCCGACCAGGAAGCCGCUACCCCGUCACCCGUCGGAGCCCCUCCCCCUCUCCCUCCCCAUCUGAUAGGUCAAUAGGGCUUGCCUCCUCCUGCUCUGAAAGGCCAGAUCUGAGCUCAGGUCGCGGUCUAACCAUCCUAAAGUCAUCCAGUCUCAGUCUCCCCUCAGAACCAAAGGAGGUUCGGUUUGUGAUGCGAAGUGCCAGCGCACGAACCAGGUCCCGUUCACCCUCACCCUCACCCCACGCCUCUCCCUGCCCAUCCCCGGUCCUCAGCGGGCCCCUGUUGGCCCUUCGGCCAUGGAGGCAGCGGCCCCUCAACCUGUGGAAUAAAUACGACGUGGGUGACUGGCUGGAGAGCGUGGGCCUGGCCGAACACCGCCAGCGCUUCCAGGAGCAUGAGAUCGAAGGCUCCCAUCUCCCCGCCCUCACCAAAGACGACUACGUGGAGCUGGGCGUCACCAGACUGGGACACCGAAUCAACAUCGAGAGGGCUCUCAGACAGCUGCUGGAUGGUUCCACUUGACCCCUCACCUCUGACCACUAACCUCUAGACAUCCUGAACUGUGACCUCAUAACCCCUGACCUCUGGUCAGACACUAGGCCAUCUCUUUGACUAGGAUAUCUUAGCAGUGACUGAAUCUUUAGACCUUUUUACCAAUGUGGAACCCAGCUCUCUGAGUGAUCUCGGUGACAUUUUGGCUCAUCAGCUCUUUGGUCAACUCAAAAGGAGUUGGUAGCAACAGGAUCUGUGUCCAGUAUUUAGCUUGAGUGUUAUAGACCUCCAAGAUUUGACCUCUGUUAACGUCUAGUGCCCAGUGUUUAUGACGUAAAAAACCCUUUUUGAGGUUUUCUGCUGUACACUACGAGACAUUUUCGGCUCUGAGGCUGCAAUGUUUAAACUUAAAAAGCUGGAAUAUAGCCUUACCGUGUUCACAUCUUAUUGUUCGGACCUUAAUUGUGAGCAACCGAAUGAGAAAAAUGUCCCAGAUCUGAGUUGGAGACGAUUUUUCCCAUUCUGUGAAUACAACUACAGCUGCAAAGCUGACAGUUGCAUGAAAAUAAAAAUCCAGUUUUAAUUCUAAAUUAAAACUGGAUUUUUAUUUUAUUAUUACUCUUAACUAAACUCAUUAAACUUUGAUGAACAACCCAAAAUCCAAAGAUAUUAAUUCCUAUCACAGACGACAAAGAAAACAAGCGAAGUUUAAUAUUUUAGAAGCUGUAAGCUAAACAAUCAAUUAUUAGAAUUGUUGCCAAUAUUUUUCUUUUUCCUCAGUCAACUAAUGGAUAAAUCAACAAGCUAAUCAGCUGAUUAGAGUGUCUGUAACUUAAAAUUUUACCUAGAAUUGCUAACAUCCUGUGCUGGCUAGCAAGUCAAAUACUGACAUUAUAUAGAUAACUUUGUUUGUUUUCUGUAUAUUGUUGAUCUGGAUCACUAGAAAAUAGAGAUUUGACCCUGCUAAAGCUAGUUUACAACAUCCACGCAGUAAUCUACAGCAUUACGUUUGCAUACAAAGCCAAUCGCAGCUGGACACAGAGCUCUGCUGCCAAUUCCAACAGGUGAAGGGACAUCGAUCGAAGAGCUGAUCUGUCAAACUGAUUACAAAUAUAAUGAGACGGGUUCUUUUCCUCGUGCCAUUCUGCUUCCCCAGACGAGUUUAGCUGGACUUUUGCUAGCAGAGCUGGACGAUUAGCGAGCUACUGGGAGUCUCUACCUUAACAACGGGAGAUUAACGGAGAAACGAUAUUUCUCCAUCAUUUUACAGAAAGUUCUUGUGACUUUUUUUUUUGUUUUUGGGGUUUUCUUUUUUCCAAAUAUCACUCAUGAAGAAUUUGUGUUUAUUUUGAGUUCAUAUCUUAAUACUGAAUCAUUUAGAAUUUAUGAAUAACAAGUAAUAAUAAUGUGGUGGUGAUGACUUACAGAGUUUAUAAUAGUUUGGAAAAUGAUUUUGAGUUCCUUAUGAUUUGACAAUGAGUUGAAUUUCAAGGUCGUUUCGGUGAUGUUUUGGAAUUCAUAAUGAUUUGUCAAUGAGUGUGACUUUGUGCUGAUGUGCUGUGUGUUUCAGGGAGAGCUGCAGCAGAGCUCCAACUGUAAACCUCUUUGGUUUCUAACCUGCUUAUCGAGGGCUUACUGUACAUGGUGCUAUCUGUUUAAAGCCAUCUGUACAGAAAAUACCUUUCUCCUUCCCCUCCUAUACCUUCCUCACACUGACACCUGAAACGCGUAGGUCAACCCCCCACCCACCCCCUCUUAACUAAAUUAAU